AUGGAACAAAAAUUAAAUCUAAUUGAAGGAAUGUAUCGUUUUGAUCAAUCAAUUCAUCAAUGGAUUUUAUCUCCAUGUAUAUCAUUAAUAUCCGAUGAUUUGAAAAAUUCAUGUACUGAUGAUAUGUAUAUUCCAAAACAUUGUCAAUUUAUAACAUGGAAUAUUCAUUCUGAUUUAGUUUUUCCUAAUUUUCGAUAUCAAGCAAUAUUAAAAACACUUCAAAAAUUAUUACCAGAUAUUAUUUGUUUACAAGAAGUUACAUUCGAUUUUCUUAAUCUUCUAUUGAAUGAAAUAUGGUUACAAGAAAAUAAUUAUUAUAUUAUUAUAAUGGGGAAUAUUCUUGAUCAUAAUCAAAAACAAACUUAUGGACAAUUAAUACUAACGAAGAAUUUUCAUGCUCGAGCAUUUUCAAUAUGUCCACUUUAUUUAUCUGAAGAUUCACCAAGUAUAAAACAACAAGAAGUGAAAAAAUAUAUUAUUGCUCGAUUUGGAUUACAUUUAGAAGUAACAAUUGAUCUUGUUAAUCUUCAGCUAGAUGAUGUAGAUGAAAAACGUUGUCAAGCAUUAGAAUAUUUUUUUAAAACAAUGAAUAUGCAAAAUUAUAUGCUUAUUGGAGAUUUUAAUUUUGGAGAUAAUCAUAUAAAAGAACAACAUAUACUUCAAAAAUAUCAAUUACAAAUACAUGAUCUAUGGAAAGAUAUUUAUGAUAUCGAAGAGAAUCCUGGCUAUACAUUUGAUCCAUCUCAAUCACAAAUUAGCCAUCGUUUUGAUCGAUAUUUGCUUCAUCUAUUACAAAAUCUGUCCUAUUCUAUUGAACAUCUUAAUAUGAUUGGUCUUGAUACAAUACUUAUUGAUUCUAUAAAUAAUAAACGUAUGAAUCAAUCAGAUCAUUUUGGAUUACAAUUAAUUUUAAAUUUUCAGAUACGUGCAAUCAGCGAUUGCUCAGCACUUGCAAUAGUACCUGCAAUAAAUAUGGAACCAUUAACUGAAUUAGUUCGUGAACAAUGUGAUUCAUUAAGUAAUCGAUGGCCAAUACAUAUUAGUUUAUUUUGGCCAUUUUUUGAUUUAGCAAAUACUCAAGAUGAUAAUGAGGAAAUUAUUCUUCUACCAUUAAGACUUUUACUUGCUCAAUUCGAAUCUUUUGAUAUAGAAAUAAAUGAAAUUGAUCUUUCAAUCGAAAAUCAUACUAUUUUUAUGCCAUUAAAUUUCCAAUCAAAUAAAUAUAUUAAACAACUACAUGCGCAAAUUAAACAAUUGUUUUCACAAUGUUUGUGUAAGACGAUUGAUGAUAAUUACAAUCCAUAUUUAACAAUUGGACAACUUGAUGGUCAAGUUAAAUCAAAACUAACUUUACCAAAUUCAGUUCAAUUUCCUGUACGAUAUAUUUCAAUUUUACAAAAAUCGACAUCAUUUCAUGUAACUUACCAAUUACCAUUAGGUUCAGUGCUUGAACCAAUCGGUUUAAAUCAAUUCGGUCAUAUCAAUUGUGAUUUAGAAGAGUUUUUUAAUCAAAUGAAUCUUUACGAAAAUAGAAAAUCUUAUGAACAAAAACAAGAAAAAUUUCAUCGUUUAUCAAUUUGUUUUGAAGAAAUUUUUAAUAAAAAUACAUUACAUUGUUUUACAUGCGCAUUUCUACCAUAUGGAAGUUUUCGUCUUGGUUUAAAUGGCGAAGAUCUUGAUACAGUACUUGUUUUAUCUCAACAAAAAUCUUUAGAAAAUAAAACAAAUCUUGAUCAAACGUUUCUUCGUUUACGUUAUCAAUUACCUGAAUUAACUAAUUUAAUAUUAGAUUUACUUGAAAAACAAAUACAUCAUGUUUUUAAUAAUGAAAUAAUUGAUUGUCGAAAUAUUCAAGCAAUUUAUCCAAUUCUAUCAAUUUUAUUUAAUGAUCAAACAAGAGUAGAAAUAUUUGUACAAAUUAAAGAAGUAUCUGUAAUAGAUGAAAUAGAUUUACUUUCAAAUUUUUAUGAACCAAUACAUGGAGUUCAUGAUAUCGAACGUCUCAUAAUUUAUGUUCGUUAUCCAAUUAUUUUUCAAUAUUUUCUAACUUUUAUUCGUACUUGGGCGCAACAUACUGGUAUUUAUGGUCAAGUUUAUGGUUAUUUAGGUGGUUUUUCUUGGGCAAUCUUAUGUGCAUAUAUUUGUCAUAAAUUUUUAUCGUUAAAUACUUAUUCAUUUUCUCUUGAACAAUUUUUCAUCUUAAUUCAAAAAUUCUUUUCAAUCUAUUCACAGUUCAAUUGGACAUAUGAAUCACUUUGUUUAUCUACUAAAAUUCAUUAUUCUGAUCCAACAAAUGUCGAUAAUCGUGGUUCAAUGCGUAUAUUAUGUCCAAGUCCACCAUUUAAUAAUACUUCACGUUCAACAAUAAAUUCAACACGUUAUUUAAUAAUUCAGAAUUUCCAACAUGUUCAUAAAAUAAUCGAAAAAACAAAAAACUAUAAUGAUACACUUAAAGAAAUUCUUCAAUUAUCAAAUCAAUUUCCUAAUAAAACAAUUCAAUCGAUUUUACAGUUAACAUUAUCUGGUCAAACAAUAAGUGAACUUCAUCAAUGGGUUGGUUAUAUGAAAUCUCGUUUGGCACAUUUUUUAACAGAUUGUGAAGAAGAUUGUGAAUUAUUUGUUCAGACAGAUACGAAGAUUGAAAUAAGAAAAAAAAAUCUUGAAAGAUAUUAUUCUAUUGGUUUUCAAGUCAAUGAACAAAUAUUAAGUCGUCAUCGACAAUUUUAUUAUUCGUUAAAUAAAUUUCUUGAUCAAUUUAAAUUAUGUUCAUUUCGAAGUGAUACAAUGAAAUUUUCAUAUAAAUUAAUGUCAAUAAAUGAUUGGAAUAAUCAACGUACACAAAUAUAA